AUGGAGACAGCUGCCUCCAGUGGCUCAAGCGACUCCACGGAGGACGUCACGGUGUCGGUGCUGUCCAUUGCCGGAGAACAGGUCUGUUCCGUGUUGCUUCCCCGCGACACCACUCUGGUGGACCUGAAGGAGCAUCUGACAGCUACCCUGGGCAGCAGCGUGACCUCGGCAGAUGUGCUCUGCCAUGGCGCAGAGUCCUGGCAGGAGCCGCAGUCUCGACCUCUCGUCGGAGUCGCCGGCUGUUCUGUGGAAGUGACGCUGGUGAGGCACCAAGGAAUCCACGCGGGAGAUCUGCUCUACUAUUCAGGACACAGCAUCGUCGUCCGCUCCGACGGGCACGCGCUGGUGGAGCGCGGCAUGAGAUGUAGGGUGAUGCCAGAACGAGCCUUCGCCGAGAACUACCACAAAGUCUUCGUCGAAGAGGCCGGGGCAAGAGGAGUGAAAGCGGACAUCCAUGCUGCACACCUCUCGCGGACCCCUCCGGCAAUACCUGUCUCGGGGAAGGUGGGCGACGUCUUCUACUACACAGGUCCCCCGCGCCUGGGCCGCGAUGGUGCAGAGCUCCAGCCGGGCGAGCAGGGAGAGGUGGUGGAGGAAGGAGUGCUUCCAGGAAGCCUCAGGUUACGCUUUGCGAACUUUCCGGAUCUCUGCUCCGUGGAGCUACGCCAUCUUCGUCCUGAGCCUCCGCCAGUGCUGCCGGGGUCCUGCUUACUUGGCCUUUGUGCUUGCCUGCGGCGUUUCUCUGCGUGGCUCUGCAGGUUUAUUGCGCCAGCUUCUGCAAGGGCGAGCGGCGUUCAACCGAGCAACUUUCGCUUCCGAGCGCGGGAUGGAACCUGA